AGACCGCAAACGUCAUCGCACGACGGACGACGGCUCGCACCCUUUUCGUCGCUGUCAAAAUCGCUAGUGACUGCGUGGUGAAAUCUCUUCACCGGAAAAAUCAGGUGAAAAGCAAUAAAUCAGUGCUACAAAGUUACAAAUUUUAGCCCAAACCAGUGCUCAGUGCCCGCGGCCGCUAAUGUCAACAUGUCCCGGUAUAUGCAACGUCCGGAAAAUGCCCUAAAACGGGCCAAUGAAUUCAUCGAAGUGGGCAAGCCGGCCCGUGCGCUGGACACCCUGCAGGAAGUGUUCCGCAUCAAGAAAUGGACCUACACCUGGUCCGAGUCGGUGAUUGAGCCGAUCAUGUUCAAGUACUUGGACCUCUGUGUCGAGCUGAAGAAGUCCCACAUCGCCAAGGAGGGCCUGUUCCAGUACCGGAACAUGUUCCAGCUGGUCAACGUGGGUUCGCUGGAGAACGUCAUCCGGGGCUACCUGAAGAUGGCCGAGGAACGCACGGAAGCCGCCCAGCAGCAGUCGUCGCAGGCCAUUCUGGAUAUUGACGAUUUGGAUAACUUGGCCACGCCCGAAUCGAUCCUGAUGAGUGCUGUCUGCGGCGAGGAUGCCCAGGAUCGUUCGGAUCGAACGAUUCUGCUGCCGUGGGUUAAGUUCCUGUGGGAGAGUUACUGCCAGUGUUUGGAACUGUUGAAGGUGAAUUCUCACUGCGAGAAUUUGUAUCACGAUAUUGCGAAGAUGGCUUUCGGAUUCUGUUUGAAGUACAACCGGAAGAUGGAGUUUAGGAAGCUCUGCGAGAAGUUGAGGAAACAUCUGGAGGAUAUCAGCAAGGUCAGCUCGCAAACAGCAAAUGUUAGCAUCUCGAAGCCGGAAACGCAGCAGUUGAAUUUGGACACGCGUCUAAAUCAAUUGGAUUGUGCCAUUCAAAUGGAACUGUGGCUGGAGGCUUACAAAGCCAUCGAGGACAUCCAUGGGCUGAUGACGUUAUCUAAGAAGACGCCGAUGCCGAAAACAAUGGCACUGUACUACCAGAAGCUGGCCAUGGUUUUCUGGAAAGCCGGAAAUCAAUUGUUCCAUGCCGCUGCCCUGCUGAAGUUGUUCCAGCUGUCCCGUGACAUGAAGAAAAAUGUCACCCAGGAGGAGAUUCAAAGAAUGACCUCCCAUGUUCUAAUUGCCACUUUGGCAAUUCCGCUUCCGUCGGCUCACCCAGAGUUCGAUCGGUUCAUCGAAACCGAUAAGAGUCCGCUGGAAAAAGCACAGAAACUUGCAGUGCUGCUCGGACUUCAGCAGCCGCCUACUCGUGUUUCGCUGUUGAAGGAUGUCCUCCGUUUGAACGUACUUCAGUUGGCAGCUCCCCAGUUCCAGAAUUUGUACAAGUGGCUGGAAGUAGAGUUUGAUCCUUUGAAUCUAUGCGAGCGCGUUCAAAGCAUCAUCGAGGAAAUUACAGUCGAUGAGAACAAUCCUUACGCCCAGUACACUCAGGCUUUGCAGGACGUAACCUUGGUCCGUUUGGUGCGCCAAGUUUCUCAGGUCUAUCAAUCGAUCGAGUUCUCUCGUUUCCUGGCAUUGGCCAAAUUUUCCACCAGCUUCUACUUGGAACGUAUCCUCGUCGACUGCGUGCGCCACAACGACAUGCAAAUCACGAUCGAUCAUCGCAAUCACUGUGUCCACUUCGGAACCGAUCUUAGCGAAAGCCAGCGUGAGGACCAUCCUGAUGGUCCCACCCUCCAAUCCAUGCCCUCGGAGCAGGUCCGUUCACAACUGGUCAACAUGUCCGUUGUGUUGCACCGAGCCAUCGCGACCAUCAAUCCCAACCGACACAAGGCCGAGCGUGAUCGUCUCCGGGCCCAGAUGGUCAAAAGCUACGAAGAGAACAUGGUCAAAGAACACCAACGCAUUCUUCAACGCCAGAAGAAGAUCGAAGACCGCAAGGAGUACAUCGAGAGGGUGAAUCUUGAGCGCGAAGAGAAGGAACUCCGCCAUCAAGAGGAAAUCGCUCGCCAGCACAAGAUUGCCGAAAUACGCCGACUUGAGCAGGAAAACGAAGAACGCGAACGGAAACGACAAGAGAAUGAAAUGCAAAUGAUCAAGGAACGCAACAUUAAGGAUAAGAUCGAUCAAAUCAAGCAGACGGCCGCCGGUCAAAAGAUCCUGAAAAAGUUCGACGAGGAGGACAUCAAGAAGAUGAACGCCGAAGAGAUCGCAGCAAAGGAGGCGGAAGAACGUCUCAAGGAGCGCAAGGCGCACGAUAACAAUCUCAAGUCUCAGGAGAAGAAGAUCGAUUACUUUGAGCGGGCCAAACGCCAAGAAGAAAUUCCGCUGAUCGACAAAUAUCUCGAGGACAAGCUUGUGCAGGAUAAGCAAUUCUGGGAGAAACAGGAAGCCACCCGCAUUGAGGCGGCCAUCGCCGAACGCAAGAACGCGGAAGCCGUCCAGGAGCGGUUGAAGCGCAUGCAACCCGACCGGGAAAUCUUCUGGCAGAAGCUGAAGGGCGAACGAAGCAACCAGUUCGCCGAAAAACUUAAGGCCUUCAAUGCCGCCCUGGAUGAGGAACGCAAACGUCGCCUAGCGGACCGAGUCUACCAGCGUCACGAAGAGCGCCGUCAGAAAUGGCACCGCGAAAAAGAGGAGGAACGUCGGCGAAUCGAAGAUGAAAUUCGAAAGCAGAAGGAAGAGGAAGAACGUAUCGAGCGGGAACGACGUAUGGAGGAGCGACGCAUCGAGCUCGAGAAAUCUAAGGCAAUCGUAGAGAAGCAGCGUGCCCGCGAUGAAGAGAUCGCGAAAAAACAUCAAGAGGAUCGUGAACGCCAGCGUGCUUCCUACAACAACGAAAAGGAUUCCUGGAGAGAUCGUCGCGGAGGUGACGCACCGGCUGCUGCUCCAUCUGCUGCGGCCUCACAAGAACCGAAACAAGAAUCCGAUUGGAGAGCCACCGGACCGCGAGAACCUAAAGGAGAGGAUGCUCCUAAGAAGGAGGGAAUUUUCCAGCCGCGCUUCCGUGACAUACGUAGUAGUGCCCCAGCUGGACGAGCUGGAGGAGAGGACCAGGAUACGAAUAAAUGGCGUCGCGGUGGUGAGCGCCAAGACGACGAAGGAAAGGACGAUCGCGAUGGACCUCGCCGGAUGGGUGGUGACCGGCCAAUGCGUCACGACGGUCGAGACGACCGCGGACCGAUGCGAGAUGAUCGUGGUCCAAUUCGUCGAGGUGAUCGGCCUCCACUGCGUGAUGGUGAACGCGGAGGUGGCAUGCGUCGGGAUGGUGGCGACCGUCAGAACUUUGGAGGCAACCGUGAUCGUCGUGACGAUCGCGGAGGUUUACGCCGUGACGAUCGUGGUGGCGACACGUGGCGCAGUGCAGCACCCCGCGGAGACCAAGGUUCCAGCUGGCGAAACCUACCCCGACAGGAGCCAGCCAAGCCGAAGGACGACCGUCGCGAGGAGCGGCCGAAGGAAGCCCGCAACACUGGUCCGGAUGAGGACGGUUGGACCGACGUAAAGCACCACCGUUGAACGCACAAUAUCCAGCGUUGAUUCAAAUACCUAUAUGCAACCUUUUUCAAUAUUGUUAGAUAUAUUUCUUAUUUGUGUUUGGCAAAACAGUUAAUUUUAAAAACAUUCUUGCUAAUAUAAUAAGCUGCAUUAGAAUAGGCGAAAUGGUUCCCAGUUCCAAUGAGCAAAAACUUGAAUCUACUUCUAAUCGAUAUUUGAAUUAUUGCAAAACGGAAGGAACCAUGUUUGUCAAAUUACAAAACGGGGGGCAAUACGUUACAAGCACACUACCUAACUCAUGAUAUACACAACAAGUAUAGACACACAUUGACUUAUUAAUCGACUUAGAUAUUGGAUUGAAUGACAAACUUGAUAGAAAUGGCUAAUGAAACUGGGUUCGAGAAAUAUUUGCCUUGCGCGAAUUGUGUUCCGAUAAUGAAAACUAAAUUCUAUUCUCAAAACAGUCGCUUUGAAUAAUAUAAUCCCUAUGUAAUCAGAA